CUUUCCGUUAGUUAUAGGGUGGGGUUUCCAGGCUUCUUUUCUGCAAGGGGCAUGGUUUCCAGCAUGUGAUUGGUCAAGGGGAGGACUCUUGUGGAUUUAGAGUGCUGUGAUUGGCUUUGUUUUUGCUCCGGGCCCUGUGCUCAGAUUGCGGGUUUUCAGUCAGCGCUUAGCCGGCCGAUUAGUGACAUGCUGGGCUCCGGAGGCGGUGGUGACCGAGGGCGGCUCCGUCAUUUACUACGGUCAAGUUUGGCUGGGCUUUGUGAGCUGAAGCUACUGAGAGACAGGCAGGAGAUCCGGGUGCGGAGAGCGCUACAAGGCGGAGAGGAUCUUGACCGCCAACUUUGGGAGCUGGAAAGGCAACUUGGAGAGCUGCGUCUAAGAGCAGAAAAUGACAAUGAAAAUGUGGAGUGUGAAGCGGAUGGCAUGGAGGCAAGUGAUGUAUUUGUGGAACGUUCCUCUCGAGGAGGUUUGACAGAGGCUCGAUUGCAUUAUGCAAAUGAGAGGCCCAAGAGUGCAGGUGAUAUUGUUGUUGGAUCCCAACACCCUCGCUCUUCCUCAUCCCGCCUUCUAGUUCCCCGCUCCCUCUCUGCUCCCUAUCCUUCCCCGUCAUCUCCCCCUCCCCCUCCACCACCUUCUCGUCGGGCUGAGGGCUAUAUUCUCUCUCUUCUUCGCCGCCAGCUACGCCCUCCAUAUUUGCGCUCAGCUUCUGCUGAGAGGCCACCUCCUCCUCCUCCUGCUCCCCCUCCUUCUGCUUCAGGUUGUCGAAUGGCUAAUGCUUCCUACACCCCCCCGCAUCGUGUUCCCCGCAGAAAACACCCUCCACUUCUGAAGGGCCACAGUGUGGAGGGAUCCCCACCUCGACUCCCCAGGAAAUGUCUCUCUGCAGAAGAGCCACCCCGCAAGAGAGGUGGAAGGAGGACUCCACGUUCCUUGUCUGAGACAAGCCUAAGGGACCCUAGCCACCGUGGCGAGGAAUUUAAUGAACCCAAGGGUCACAUAGAAGGUGGGGAGGGACCUAGAGGAAACACAGAAGGUUGGAUACAUCCUCGGGUCCGUGCAGAACUUUGGGGAGAGUCCAGAAGCCAAACAGAAGGAUGGGCAGAGCCUAGGGGCCUUGCACAGGAUUGGGGGGAACACAGGGGUUACAUUCAGGAAGGGGGUCGUUGCUACACAUUGGGUAGGGAAGGAAGAGCACCACCAGUAAAGAUUGGCCCACCUUGCAGGAAGUGGAGGUCCACUGCAGAAAUUAGUGGAGGAGGUCAGGAAGAAGAGUCAAGGGUGGAUUCUGAAGGGGAAGAGGAGGAAGAAGGGGAGCUGGUGUGGCCCCUUCAGUUACCACCUCGUGAUGCAGAUGGACGUCCUCAAAUGUUUAAAGUCAAAGCCUCACAAGCUCUUAAGAAAAAGAUCAUGAGAUUUCACACAGGGUCUCUCAAGGUCAUGACAACUGUUUGACAGGUUUGUUCUUAACUUACAAGUAUGACAACUGUCUGACACAGCUAUUCUAAUUUCCAUCGUACAGGCAUGCGUGCCUCAUAUAGAUAAACAGGACUUUUCAAGGUCACAUGAAUACUUCAUUGAUUAGUGCACUGACAGGCAUAGGAUUAAUGUGUGAAAUAACUGGGUUUAAUAGAUGAUUUUGCUUAAUUUAUACAACCAGCAUUUGGGCACUUCCUUCUUUCCUAUCUAGCUUUAAAAUUUCUGUAUCCUCAGUGUUCUUGUAUAUAAUGUAUUAUGUAGCUUUUCAGGGCUUUACUUUUGAACCAGCUUCACCUAAAUAAUAUCUCCGCUUUCCAAUAAAAUUCAAGGACAUUUUAAACAGCCUUACUGAUAACCAUAAUUCUAGUGAAGUCUGAGAAAUUUAACAGAUAGAUCUUUAUGCAUAACAUACUAUAAGUGAUUCUUACAAAUCGGUAAACACACUCUUACCUAUAUUUGAUUUAGACUAUGCUAGAUUAUGCUUACAUAUGUGUCACUCCCUGCCAAAUCUGAAGUCAUUUAGUCAAUUCUUGGCUCACUCCAUUUCCAAGACCUUGCACAGAUCUGAUAGUCAGAUAAGUAGUGGACCUUGGAAGUGCAGCAUCAUAUAUUUAGACAGCAAGAAUUUCCUCCUCCUCAUGAAACUCUGGACUAUAUAAGGAAUAUUACGUCAUUUUUCUGACUGCAUAAAAAAUAAUGCAUAUCGAUGGUUUUCUCUUUUGGCCAUUGACUAUACCUUUAUUAGGCCAUUACUGGAUGAUAUUAAGUAAAAGGCAUUAUUCUGACAUUUUGUCUGGAUAUAAAGGUAUAGCUGUAAGUAAUGAAAAUAAAAAAUGUUCACCAGGGUCUUAGCAAUGAUUUGCAAUUCAGUGUAUGUCUGUGCAGAUGUUUGGCAUGGGUUGUGCUUACUCUUCUGUAACUGGGCACUUUCUGUUUCUCGUGACAGUGACAUGCUAAUUUACUGAGCUGUAGGCUUCAGCCAUGAUGAGCCUUUUAGGCUAAUAGCACGAUGGGCUAAUACCAUUGCCCUCUUAGGGAAAACGUUGUCAGACAAAUACCCUUGCUUGGCCACAGCUACUUCCUAUCCAUUUAAAAUAUAAAGGUGAGGGACAGCACAGGAACACCAGAGAGAGAGAGCGAGAAUGAUCCGUGAUGGACAGCACCAGUGGCUGUCAUAGGCAGCAUGUCUCCCAUGAAAAUAAAUGUAAUGUGGGGACAGGGCAUUUUCACCUCUGCAGUUCCGCCUGAGUGAUCAAAUUAUUCUUGCAGCUGAGUAUUGCAGCAGUAAUGUUUAGCUUUUUGAAGAGGACUGGGAAGUCAGGACAGAAAUAUGCUCUUUGUUCAGUCUGUGUGUUGGAAUGUUGACAACAGCAAUUAGGUAAACAGUGGAGAUUGGAAUAUUAAACAGUCUAGAAAUAAACACACAUUGUGCUUAUAUGGUCUCAAAGAAAACGUAAUAUUAUCCUGUCCAUCUGUUAGGAAAAUGCUUGUGAGAUGUUCUAGAUAAAAGAAAUCCCAUCCCUUGUGUACUUUCCAUUGCCAGAAGACUGCAUGCUGGAAUAGACUGUGGCUGCAGGCUUAAUAUAAAUCUAGAGACAUGUGGAUUCAUUGCAUAUAGUAUGUUUGGGGUGUCUGUAGUUCAGCGACAGCUUAGGAUGAACAGAUACAUUUUCUUUUUUCCUGCAUAAAUAUGGGGCAAAAUGUUUUUCUCCAGUGCUUACAACCACUGUAGGCAGCUGUGCAAACCAGACCAGGGUCAAAUUUUACAGCAAGUGACAUCAGUUACAGUGACUUCCAGUGUGCCAUGGUCAGUUGUGGGAUGGUUGGACUUGGAAGCCAUUUUUGUCUGGACUUUCGGCUAAAAUGUCAGAAUGUCAUAUUAAUGAUUGGCUAUUGGUUUAUUAAUCCUAAUACACUUUGGGUAACCAUGAAAUCUCUAUCCUGGUAAUAUAAUUAGCCAAUGUGCCACUGGAUCUUCAUCACUCCCUAUUUCAGUAGUCCCCAACCAGUGGCUCGGGAGCAACAUGUUGCUCUCCAACCCCUUGGAUGUUGCUCUCAGUAGCCUCAAAGCAGCUGCUUGUUUUUGAAUUCCUGGUUUGCAUAAAAACCAUACGGGCUACCAAAAAGCCAAUCGCAGCCCUUAUAUGGUACCCCCAGGUAAAUUUUUCCUGUUUGUGUUGCCCAACUCUUUUCACAUUUGAAUAAGGCUCACCAGUAAAAAAGGUUGGAGAUCCCUGCCUUAUUUGAAUGGUCGUACUUAUAUAAACCAGAAGAAAAGAUUAGCAACUGAAACUGCACAUAAACUGCACAUUUCCUAUAGGGUGAAGACACACAGAGCUACUAAUAGCAGCUACUUGUCACGGCUACAGAAAUAGACAAUGCUGAUCAUUUAUUUAUAUUUUCCGGAAUUUAGUAGCCGUGACAAGUAGCUGCUGCAAAGUAGCCCCAUUUGUCUUUGCCCUUACUCAAAGUAUUUUUGUUCUUUCAGUGCAUCUACAUUGAUAAUUGAUUGGUUGGUUACUGAGAUAAUAUAUUAAGUGUCAGUUUCUUAAAAAAGAACUAAACCCUAAAAAUGAAUAUGGCUAAAAAUGCCAUAUUUUGUAUGCUGUACUUACUGCACCAGCCUUAAAAUUGUCAUCAUAUAGCCACAAUGAUCCAGGACUUCCCAAGGUAUUGUAACAUACUGUAAUAAUACAAUGGUUUUGUUUGUAUAAGGGUCUUUGUAGCCAGGGGAGUAAUAAUGGUAACUUUGUGAUCAUAAAUGGCCAAAAGGUUUAGCAGAUGUAUUAGACCCAAUAUGAAGUGGAAAGUUCACACUAGUUUUCAUAAUGCACAGAGCAUGCUCAGUAGUGGAGGGCAAAGCGUGCAUGUGCACCAGACUUCUUUCUCACAAACGUAAGGAAAGAAAGCAUAGUGUACAGUAUUGCGUAAUGAGCAUGCAUUGUAUUAUUGGCCUUUGGUUAAUAUCAGUAUUGUUUCAUUUAGUCUUUGGCUACAGUUUAUAUUUGCACCUAGGAAAGAACUUCCUUAUAGGUAGUGCUGUGUACAGAUAGAACUGUAUAUACUGCUUGUUGCUUUAUGUUUAUUCUGAUUCUGUACAUAGAUUUCCAGGCAGUGUUAUAUGUACAUAUAUGUAUAUAAAAUUGUUAUAAAUGUAAAUACUAUGAUAAUUUGUACUUUAAAUUUGUGUAAAUAAAGUUCUUAUUGCUAGUGUGGUCCAUCUCUCUACUGGUUGUGAUGGGCGCUACACUACUACACUGUCUGGCAGGUUAUAAGCCAUACCCGUAUUUGCCCCAGUGCCUCUUUUCUCCUACUGCCUUCUGUCUUCCAUGGCAGAAUGUAUGUCCCACAUAAACCGAUCCACUGCUCAGUCCUUUCUCAUUCCUCUCUCCUGUGUUCCUUCCUCUAUAUUUCCCCCUCUCUCUGUUUAUCUCCCAUCCACUAAUAAAAACCAGAUGGAGAAUA